AUGGAGAGGACAGUGGCGCCUAAGGACCUUUACACCAUGCAGCUCUAUGAAUGGUUGGAGCGCGGGAUGAAGGUAAGGACUGCAAAGCCGGGCGAGCAAAGACCCUCGCCGGCACAGGAGGCGCGGCAGCUGAUAGAGGCGUUUCAGCAGCUGCUCGACCAGCUCCUCUCCGCGCAGGAGGCCAUCGAGGUGGAUCAGGAGCGGAUGGCGUGGGGCCUCUUGCAGGCGAAGCAGGCGAAACCGCCGGAUUCAGAGCUGGACACGCAGGUCUUCAUCUUUCUUGAUGGCUUAGAGCUCCGAAUCAGGGACUACGAAGAGGGCUGCUACAAGCUGUCCCUGGUGGAGCGGCGUUUGGCGCAGUGCCUGGAACUGAUGGAGGCGAACCUCGAGCUCAAGGCGGUGCAGCAGGCGGGCCUCGUGGACGAGGUGCUGGCGGCUCGACUCUUGGAGCAGCGCCGGGUCAUCCAGCUGCAGCAGGAGGAGCUGGACCAGCUGCAGUUCGAGCGCCAGGUGCUCUCCGAGGAAGCGGCCCGGCUUCGGGAGGAGUUGGAGGUUUGGGAGCCGGGCGAGAUGCCCCAAGAAGAGGAGUUCGGCGUGGGCUUUGCCCAGGCUUCUUCCGCCGAGGCCGGCAGGCCUGCCUCGCCUCUCUCGCCCGGCGUGCCCCGCACGCCCCGCACGCCCAUUGGCACACCGGGCCGUGAG